GGGCGUGAACUUGUGCAAUGGAUAUGCUGCCCCACAGGGUUCGUCUUCUUGAGAGAUCAAUCAGGAGUGCCCCACUGGAGGGCAAGAGAGCGUUAUAUGCGGUUGGCCCCAGCCCUCUUCAGAUCACCUCACGGAUUUUCAAUGGGAUUUAGAUCUGGAUCCUGCUGGCUGGGCCAUUUCAAAACCUUGAUCUUUGGUGAAGCCAUUUCUUUGUUGAUUGGAUGUGCUUGGUGUCAUUCUCAUGCUGAAGGUCUUCACCAUUCAUUCUACCUACCUGGAAGGCAGUGAUGAAUGCAACCAAUGGCUUAACACCGGCACUCAAAAACCUACCCUAUCUCACGUUUUGGUGACAAUCUUGUGCCUCUUUGCUACAUUCUCUGCACAAGCAACACACCAUCAUGGUGAUCGGGACCGGAAUGUCAGCAGCAGUCCAAACGGAAGCAUGCCGCAUCAUCAUCAUCAUGAAUGUAAAAACGUCAGCUACAACAUCUCAAACAGUUCCUGCUGUAAAGGUAAUAUAACUUCAGGGAUAAGUAUGCUGGUGGCUGAUUGCUGUGGUUCCGUAGCCUACAAUCCUUUAAAUCAGAUUUGUUGUGGUGACCAGAUUCUCACUCGAGACAAUGCUCAAGCUAAGUGCUGUGGCUCAGAGAUGUACUUGCCAACAACGCAUAUGUGUUGUACACCUAAUACAAUUAAAUCUAGAGAUAAGAAGUGUACCAUUGUCUCCAAUGGAACGGCAACGGACAAUGGCACUAAAGGAGUGGCGCAAACACAAGAGACGAUGUUUUGCUUGGGGAAAGAAUAUCAGGUAUCAGCACUUCAUAAGUGCUGCGGGGAAAAACACUACAGUUUGUCUGAUGACACGGUGCUCUGCUGUAAUGGGACUCUUUAUCUUAAUGUGCCUAAAAACUCUGAGUGUGUAGGAGGAUUAAUAUACGCUCAAGACCGGAUAAAGAUGACUUGUGGCUCAAAAGUCUAUGACCACGAGUCCUCCAGGUGUUGUUCAGGUCAUCUCUACAACAUAACCCAAGUUGCUGGCAAAGCAGAGUGCUGCGGAAACCUCUUGCUGAAAGAUGAGAAUCAAACUUGCUGUUCCUCCACAAGCCAUGCAUUGGUAUAUGAAACAAAGGAUAAUCACCUUUGCUGUGGGCAUUACUAUUACAACAAAUCCCUGUGGAGCUGCUGUGCUGGACAUCUCAAACCAACCCCAAAGACUGACAACUCUACUGGCGAGUACCCACUUAAGCCGCUAACUGACCUGAUCCCCGACAUGUGCAAUAAAACAGCAGUCUUUGGAAAGGUGGAAAGUGUUGCACUUGACCAGAACCAGCGUUACGUCAUCUUUAGAGUUGUUGAGGAUGUUAGUCUCAGUCAUUGCGAACGUUUGGUUCACGUUACUCUGGAUCACUGUGACACUCCAGCUCUAGAGGAAGGCAUGACCUACCUGUGGGACUCCCAGAAGUUUAAACCUAUUUCUCUCCCUGUUGAUCCAACCUAUGACAAUCACAUGUUCUUAGCUGCAUGUAAGAUGAUCAAAACGAAGAAGAGAAACUUUUGUGAGGUCUGUUUGGGUCAUUUCCAUGCAAAUUCAUGCAUUAUAUAAUUUAGAAAAUAAUAUGAAGAGCUCAGAUGCAAAAUCCACAAAACCGACCUCUGUCAAAAGAGAUAAUGAUAUUUAGAUCUAAUGUAUUAUAUGUUCAUCAAAUACUUUUGCUUCAAAUUGGCCUAAUCCCGAUCUGAAGCCAUUCAGAAAUACAGUUUUUUGGCAGAAUUUGUUAAAUGCCACAAUGAUUUCUUAGUAGUCAGUGGGUGCUUUCACACCUGCCUCAUUUAGUUCGGCUGAAUUGUACCACAGUUCAACUCAACUCUGAUGCACACCAAAAACGGACCAAACAAGCGGACUGAGACCUCCUUGAAGAGAUGGUCUUGGUACGCUUUCAAACGAACUCUAGAGCGGUUUAUUUGUGAUGAGAACACAAUUCAAGAUGGAACCGACCUACCUGCAAAAGUACUGCGCAUUUUUGGACUAAAACCACUGCCGUAGUCAGCUGCGCAGUGCAUUAUGGGAUGAGAAAGUGUUUGUUGACAGUUUCUAUUAGCAAUGUUAGCACGACAGGUCGCGGACAUACCUGGGGUCUCAUUUAUAAAGCGUGCUUAUGCACAAAACAGGGCUGGAAACGUGGGUACACCAGUUUGGUGACUGCUGUAUUUUCCUCUUUUUUGUUUACUUCCGGGGGUUCCGUUGGAAUUUCGCGCACUUUGAUUCUGACCAAUCGAGAAGCAGUUUAGGAAAUGUGGCCAAUGAGUGAUGUGGAUCUUAUCACAUGACCGAAUUUUGGUUCGUUUCAACUGGUGCGGAGCAGAGCGAUCAGUGUGGUGUGAAAUGGAACCUUUUUUGCUUUUGAAAAGAAGCUGGCAACGACCGCUAAUUAUAUCCAUCUCGUCAUGCACACCGAGUUGCAUCGCCGUGAUACCAAUUUCAGUUGCGACCAACUUUUGCCAAAUCCCGUAGGGAGGACGGAAAAAACAUCAACAAAUGCCUUGCUCACGUUUCUCUGUUCCUCUUUUAAAAUCAAUGCUCUGUCGAUAUCUCAAUAUCUCAAUGUCAGAAUCCACACAUCUGAAUUCUCCAGCGGCAGCCAUUUCGUUAAACAGAUUAAACACACGCGCUCUUUGGUGACGUGGUUCAUUACGUUACUGUUGAUCAUCUGUCCAUCAUCGUAUAAAGCCCGCCCUGACAAUUUGAUUGGUUCGACCAGCUUUGGGUCUAGCAUAGUAGCUCCUCAACGCAGAAACCCCAGACCGAUCUUCCCGUUCUCAAAAUGUCGUGGGCGGGGCUAAGAUUGGCUGGCACCCAGGCUACAACAAAUGACUACGGACCCAAUGAUUCAUCAGUCCCCUAAAAUGCACGGAAGAGGAAUUUGAUGAAUGUUAUAAGACCCUAUGAUGAAAAAUAUAAAGGAAAAUAUGUCGGACGCACUUAGGGGUUUGCAUCUGAGCUCCUCAUAUAUUAUUUUCUAAGUACCCUACUUAGUAAUGUUUUAUUUCAUCCCAGAAAUGGAUUGAUCUGAUGCUGACACGUUAAGCUUUUUUUCAUAACUGGGAAAAUGUUUUAGCUACUAAUGUGAAGAUGUGAGCACAUCAACAUGAGCACUAAAGUCAAUAUGAAAAUACAAUUUUAUUGCUCAAUGGUUUCUCCUCAGGCAGUUUGUUACCAUUCUCAGUUGUGUUUUAUUUAAGCCUCAAGAGAAAGAGAGAUUAAGAAUAUGAAACAUAUUGAGACAUAAAAUGUAUAUCAAUUGUUAAGCUAAUAUAUUUUCUUGGAUAAUUAUGAAUUUAGUUUGAAUUUAUGUUUUAAUGUACUGUAUACUGAAAUUUAUAUCAAUCUCCGAAGAUUGCGAAAUUUGCACACUUUGAUAUCUUACCAAUUUGGGGCACCAUUUCUGAUUUUCAUAUCUCAUCUAAAACUAAAAGUGUUUUAUCAGGGAAAACAUCUACAGUAUACUCUUAAACAUAAAGGUUCCUAAAAGAGUUCUUUGUCAGUCAGUACGGUUCCUUAAAGAGCCUUUCUGUUGCAACAAGGAUUCUUUGUAGUCAACAUUUUUCAUUUAUAUGAUUUUCAUUUCUUUUAUCAAGUAUUAAGUUCAUGGAAGAACACUUGCUCGCAUUCAAAAUAUACUGCAUGCCAUAAUAAGCAUUUUCAUCAUGUACUGUAGUAUGAUAUUUUAUCGUCUCAGGUCCUUUUUAUUGUUCUAUGUUUAUAUUUUAAAGGGUUUCUAAAUCCUUUAUAUUUUAAAAUUCAAAGGUGCUUUUCAACAGUGCUAAACAGUUAAAAUAUUUUAAAGGGGGAAAUAUCACGGAAAUCUGACUUUUUCCAUGUUUAAGUGCUAUAAUUGGGUCCCCAGUCAACUAUAACCUAUAAAAUGUGAACAAGAACCAACCCGUAACUUAGUUUUGGUAAACCAUUCUCUGCAAGCAUGUGAAAAAAUAGGUCAUUGAAAUUUCACUCCCCUUGUGAUGUCAGAAGGGAAUAAUACCGCCCCUUAAUCUGCACUAUCCAACCACAACACUGUCAUUUAGUGCAGAGAUCAGCUCAUUUGCUAUUUUAAUUAUAGUAGGUCAACAAUAAGCUUACUGCUUCAAUAAAUUAAACAGCUAUUGCCAAGCAUUAUAUUACAAUAUAUUUAUAUAUAUCCAAAUAUCUAUAUGGGAAUUUUAUUUUAAGACUGGUGUUAGUUUUUACUCUUUUAAUCUUAUGUCUUGUCUAUUUACAACUGUAAAGAUAAGCUUAUCACACAACUUUCAUACUUACCGUGUGAUCAAAAUGGCUUUAUACUAGUUGUAUUGUAGAAUUCUGGACAUUGUCAUUCACAUGACACAAAAAUGUACUGCCUUCAUAUCAAAUAUUUUGUUUCUAAAUAAAGGAAACUUUCUGAAACAUA